GAAAAGUGACUUUGGCUCACAAUUCCAAAAGCUACACUUAGCAAAAGCCAAGCAAAAGCCAAGUAAAGCAUUCAAGCAAGUUUCUUUGACCAACCAACCAACCAUGAGCUCUCUCUGCACGACAGCAAGCCCCGUCCCUAGUACUAGCACUAGCAGCCGCAAACGCAAGGUAGAGUUUUCAUCUCUGAGCGAGAAAGAAGCGCGUGAACACAAACGCGCCAUCAGCCGCCGCAGUUCUCAGCGCCAUCGUCAACGUGAACGAAUGGCCAUUGAAGAUUGCCAGGAGAAAAAGACAAAAUUGGAAAAAGACAAUCAGACGCUCAAAGCGGAAAAUGAGUCCUUUAGGUCCAUGAUUCAAAUGCUCAAGCAGAAGCAGCAGCACAAGCAGCCACAAAAGCUUAGUGUUGCUGGUAGUGUUGCUGCUAGUAUUAGUGCUGCUUGUGCUGCUAGUACUAAUUGUACUGACCCCCGUGUACUGCUGGCCAACCAGAUUCAAGCUCAGAAGCAGCAGCAGCAGAACUUGCACCAGCAGAACUUGCAGCUCCUCACCCAGCGUGCCCUAGUAGGUACAGGUAGAGGUACAGGUACAGGUACAGGUACAGGUAGCUUUGCAACUGCCAGUCUUCGCCAGUUCUCCAACGAGGAACUCAUGGAAGCACUCAUCGCCAAGCGCCUCAAGCAGCAAGAGCAGUCACCUGCCAUGGUCACGUCAGUCUCGGUCACCCCUCCUCCUACUUCCCCCUCUCCUCCACAUAUUACUUCUCGUCCACAACUUAUGAGUAAUAAUACAAGUGCAAGUGCAAGUGCAAGUGCUGCUCAUCACCUAUUGCACCCAUCCUAUGGAUACGCAAACUCGGGCUUUUCCGCUUUCAACCCCCACCAGACUGCCUUUUUGCCUGCUGCUUUCUCUUCCCACCAUGCUGCCAACACCAAUAUGAAUACCAACACCAGCGUCUUUGCCGCCGCCACAGCUGCCAAUAACCGAAACAUUGAACUACUCAGGCUACUCGCCGCUACCAAUCAAGUAUAGACAUGCUGUCAAGUGCCCAAGAAAGCAAGAAGAACAUCAACAAGUUGGACUGGACUGGACUGGACUGAAUUGAUUCCCCUGUUUGCCCGUGUUGCAUAUGACAAAGUACAUGUAACUUUAUGAUUCUAAAAACUCAUGCACAUAC